CUUUUCAGUUCUUUUACUAUACGAUCUGGGAAAAUUGGCUCUGAAUGUAAAAAAACCCAGCAACGUUGAGAAAAUGCUUUGAUUGUCAAAAAAAGUGAUUGCUCUUCUUGUUUUUGUUCCUAUUUUUCUUCUUCCUCUCCAGUGUUCUUCCUAGUCGCGUCAGUCAUCAUUAUGUCUUUCUUCUUCACCGCCAUUCCAUCACUUCGUAAUACCUUUUUAAGGGUUAAAACCCUUUAACCUUUUAGACCAUCCAAGCAAUUGUGCACUAUAAAUAACCACUUUGCAGUAACUUUACUGCAUGGGCUACCUGUUUACUCCUUACUCCAGUACAAAGAGAGAGUCUGGUUUUACGUAUCCCAGCAUGCCAUUGGGUCUCAUUUUCCAAGAUGGCGAACAAGCGUGUAGUUUACGUUGGAGGUUUAGCAGAAGAAGUUGAUGAAAAAGUCCUUCAUGCUGCUUUUAUCCCAUUCGGAGACAUAACAGAUGUACAGAUACCAAUGGACUACAGUACUCAGAAGCACAGAGGUUUUGGUUUUGUGGAGUUCGAGUUCGCUGAAGACGGAGCGGCCGCCAUUGACAACAUGAACGAAUCAGAACUUUUUGGAAGAACAAUUCGAGUUAACCUUGCAAAACCGAUGAAAAUCAAAGAAGGUUACAGUAGAGCUGUGUGGAGUGAAGACAGCUGGUUACAGAAGUAUGCUGGGCAGACGGAGGAAAAUAAAGAAGUGGAAAAAGGAGCAGGAACUGGCGAAGCUAUGGAGAUCGAGGCUCCUCCGAAAAAGAAAGGCAAUCCACGAGUGUAUUUCGAUAUUAACAUCGGUAAUCGAAGUGCUGGGAGAAUAGUUAUGGUUCUGCGUUCAGACGUUGUUCCUAUGACUGCGGAAAACUUCCGUUGUCUCUGCACACACGAAAAAGGCUUUGGAUACAAGGGAAGCACUUUUCAUCGUGUUAUCCCACAGUUCAUGUGUCAAGGAGGGGACUUCACRAAACACAAUGGAACAGGAGGAAAAUCAAUUUAUGGGAACAAAUUUGAAGACGAGAACUUUGUUCUGAAGCAUACCGGUCCUGGAACGCUGUCAAUGGCCAACUCAGGCCCGAAUACUAAUGGGUCUCAGUUCUUUUUAACUACUGAAAAAACGGACUGGUUGGAUGGGAAGCAUGUUGUCUUUGGGAAUGUCGUUGAAGGAAUGGACGUAGUAAGAAAAAUGGAAGCUGUUGGGUCACAGUCGGGGAAAACGUCAAAGAAAGUUGUGAUUGAUAACUGUGGAGAACUUUAGGGCCUGGGUUUCUGAUACUAGGUUUGAUAUCAUGGAGUACAUUAUACAAAAUCUUUGAAAAAGACAAAAAAUGAUCCUACCAGGUACGAUCUGGUAGUACUCCCUACUAUCAGUAGGUCUGGAGCUACAGGGAUUUCAAGUGUACGUUAUUUGGAUUAUCUUCGCUGUGAAUCAGUCAAAAGUCAGGCAACAAUUUUUAAGAAACCCAGAGCUGUGAUUGAUGAAUAGUGCUGCACACAGAUUUAAAAAAAAUAGGCUCAAGACUCAAAAAAACAUUCAUUCUGUUUAACCCUGUUGAGUGUUAUACAAACCGAUUUUAUUAUUUUUAUUUUAAGUUAGAAUAAUAAAUGGAAUAGCUUAAGAUCUACUGCCAUCGGUUAUGAAAAUUAUCUGCUGAAAGUGAAGUAUGAGUUUGUCUGAUUUUCACAUUUCUUUUCUUUUUUUUUGCAUCUUCUGUGUGCUGCACUAUUUAUAAGACUGCAUACAUUAGCAUAUGAGGUAAUAAGUGUGGCAUGGUUGGCUUAGUGGUCUACUGCUCGCCUCUCACUGCUAUGGUCUGGGUUUGGGCACUGACUUAGACUGGAUCAUAUGUCAGUUGAGUUUGUUUGAUGUGUUGUUCCCUCCCUCGCCACGAAGGUUUUAUCCAGUUUCCUCCCUCUUUAAAAAUCAUCAUGUGAGUUGAGUGUUGUAUGUUGUAAACCUCAACUGAAGGGCCCCAUGUGGGAGUGGUGACUGUAAAGUAUAAGAAAUAUAAGGCAAGUUAAUGUUUUUAGCAACUGGAUCACAAAAUGCAGUUUCAAUUUUCUUCCAAUCAUAAAUUAGCAUUAUAACGCAUUAUUCUUUUUACUGUCCUUAGAUAAUAAAUAACCAAAUUGCCUUGUAA